AAGUCUUGCCAGCCUGAAGCUGAGUCAUGUCUGGGCUCAAAAUGCCAUUUUCGACUGAAACGACGGACGUCAGAGUCACAAGUUGGAGGAAGUAAAACUCACUUGGGGGUUUUCCGGCCUCGGAUCCUGGGUUCAAGUCUGGGCACCGUCUUUAAAAGGAGGAUUAGGAGCAUCAGAAAGAGAACGCAGAGAAGCGGAAACCUGGAUUGACGUUACUGGAGGGAAGAGAUUCUCCUUCAAUGUCGGAAGCAGCUUUGGGUCAGCUGGGGAAGUAGAGACCCACAGAGCAGGAGUCCGCGUGGCUGAGCGUGUGGCCGAUGGAGGAGGCAAUAAGGAAAGCGGAGCAGCAAGCCCUUCGGCUGGCGGAGGCAAUCCGAGACGGGGAGGAAGAGGUCGCCCAGCGUUGCGCCGUCUGGCUAGCCGAGCGGCGCGUCCCUGUCAAGGUGCAGCUGGAACGAGACGCCUAUCCGGAGCACGACAUUAGGAUCUGGGUGGGCGUGGAAGAUGCCCAGAUGGUCACCACCCCAAUCUUUCUGAAGGUCCAGCCUUCCAUGACUAUGGCUUCCCUCAAAGACAUGAUGCACCUCCAUUAUGGUUUCCCACCCAGCAUCCAGAAGUGGGUGGUGGGACGGAGGCUUCCACAGGACCACGAGACCCUCCACUACCAAGGUAUCCAGAGGGACGGAGACCAGGCCUACCUCUAUUUGAUGUCCGCCAAGGCCAAGAAGCUGGACAAAGAAACGGUGGAGUUGGACCACGAACGCAGGCAGCUGGAAGGUGAGCUGGUCCGAAGUGGCACCGGAAGGGGUGGCCGGGGGUCAUUCAAGGACCAUCUAGACAGCUGCCAGAAAAAGGGAGAGGAAGAAGAGAAAGAGAGAAACUACAAGCAACUCCUGCACUGGGACAACCAGAACUUGGUGCUUUCGGAGGAAGCCAUUCAGUGCCCCAUCUGCUUCAUGAACCUGGAAGCCGGAGAGGGAGUCACCCUGCGAGAAUGUCUCCACUCCUUCUGCAAGGACUGCUUGAGGGGAACCAUCCUGAACAGCCCAGAACCAGAGGUCAAGUGCCCCUACAUAGACGACAACUACUCCUGCCCUUGGCAGCUGCUGGACCGCGAGAUCAAAGCGUUAUUAACGGAGGAAGAAUACCAGCACUUUCUGGACUUGGGGAUGUCCAUCGCUGAGAAUCGCAGCCGGUCGAGUUUCCACUGCAAAACGACGGACUGCCGGGGUUGGUGUUUUUACGAAGACGACGUGAACGAGUUCUACUGCCCGGUGUGCCACAAGCCCAAUUGCUUGCUGUGUCAGGCUAUUCACGAAAACAUGAACUGCAAGGAAUAUCAGGACGAUCUGCAGAUACGCGCGCAGAACGACCACGCUGCCCAACAGACCACGGAGGUGUUGCUGAGGCUGGUGAGGGAUGGGGAGGCCAUGUACUGCCCCACCUGCAGGAUCAUCGUGCAGAAGAAGGACGGCUGCGACUGGAUCCGAUGCACCGUCUGCCACACGGAGAUUUGCUGGGUGACCAAAGGACCUCGCUGGGGACCAGCUGGCUUGGGUGACAUCAGUGGCGGCUGCCGUUGCAAAGUCAACGGCGUCUCCUGCCAUCCGAAUUGCCAGAACUGCCAUUGAUGGUGGAGAUCCCUGAAAAUCGGACUUUUUCCAGACAGAUGGGACCCUUCGCUUGCAGACGAGGGAUGGAAUCCUGGACGAUGGACGGAGGGGACUUUCGGACAAUUGCACAGGUCUUCCUGUUGCACGACCAGUUCCUUCCCACGUCCGUCUUGGGACAACUCUCCUGUCGACUGAGGUGGUGACGAAGCCAAGAAGAUCUCCAGCCUCAGAGUUGGUGGAAGGGGGCGUCUUUUCGCCGCCCCACCUGUGUCGGUUGGGCCUAGAACUUGACCUGCGGGUUGGUUUCGCUCUAGAUGUUCUGCUUCGUCUUUCUCAAAAACAGCGGUGCUCGUUUGAUUGUUCUUGGCGUCCUUCUGCACACAUAACAUUAUCUGGUCCAUAUUUCAAGCUCGGAUCUCCGUUGACUUUACCGGAAUCUUGCCACUCCAACCAGACUUUUUAGUUGUGGUUUUGGUUUACAAAAUUGAACCACAAUAUUCUCCUUUUACUGGUAUUACGGAGCUGGGCAGCUUGGCCUGCCUUCCAUUUGUUACUUGCUUUGCUUCUUUUAGGUCACUUCGGUGAUUUUUCAGGCCAAAUCAGGAUCAGAUGGAGCUUUGCGAUUUGAUUUGGGAGGGGGGGAGUCAUCUCUCCUGUCCCCUGCCGCACCCUUAAAUCUAGUUUCUGAAAUUUAAGAUAAACAGCAGCACAGAAUUUUUUUUAGGGAACGUGAAAAGCCUGCCGAACGGAUCUUCAACGCGAUGGACGUCAUGAUUUCCCCGAGAUAAGGAUUCUGUAGCAUACGGAGGGUUGGAAAUUAAAGAGGUGGAAUUGCUAAAAAUAUCUCUCUUGCUCUUUUUUUUUUUUUUUAAUAAUGCACCAUUUUAGGAAUUUAUUACUUGGAAAUUGUAUGAGGUGGUAUCAUCUAUGGAGAUUCCCCGUCCACCCA